UGUUCUGCCAAUAGCCAAAAAGGGCCUAUAAAUAGGACCCGUGCCUCUUUGUUCACUCACUUUGUAGCUGCUCUCCUUUGACGAGACCCGAUCGAAAAACGGGAGAAUUCUUCUUGCAAGUACGUAAAGAAAGGAACAGAAGAGUAGCUUAGAGAAUGGGUAAGAGGAAGUCAAGGGCAAAGCCACCACCAAAGAAGAGAAUGGACAAGCUUGAUACUGUUUUCAGUUGUCCAUUCUGCAACCAUGGCACAAGCGUGGAGUGCCGAAUUGACAUGAAGAACUUGAUUGGCGAGGCUGUAUGCAGGAUUUGCCAAGAGAGCUUCAGCACCAGUGUGACAGCAUUAACCGAGCCUAUAGAUAUUUACAGUGAAUGGAUUGAUGAAUGUGAGCGGGUCAAUAACCUUGAAGAUGAAGGUGCCUAGGGUUGAGUUCAGAGGUUCCUGAGUUCUGGUGUAAUGUGGGAGGACUUGUAGAAAGGCUUGGAAGUUGUUGUAUUAUCAUGGCAUUCGUGGAGCCUUCUAACUGGGAACUCUGGAUGGCAGGGGGAAUUUAGUGAUGCAAUAUGUACGCAGAUGUUUAUGUAUAUAUAGCAUAAGCGGGUAGAUUGGUGUCAAGUUGGUCUGUGUGGUUUGUCAAGGAUAAUUUGUUUUGUGUUUUAAUGAAUGAAUUUUAUUUUCGGCUCUGGUUA